GUUUUUGGAAAAAGGCUGCGAUCUGAUAGCCUCCGGGGGUCCCUUCUCGGCGCCUAUAUAGCAUACAGGACACCCCUGGCUUUUCCAAGGUCUCCUUCCUCAGAAGUCCAGAUACAAGCCAUCCAGGCACAUGCAUAUUCUUUCUUAGUCACAAUGUCCCUUGGUCCAGAAGCCUCUCAAUUUCCGGCAAUGGUCCGUCGCGGACUGCCUCGUUUAAACCCUCGCAUUCCUCCCAUCGCCAGCAAAGGCUCCGGCCCCGGCAAGCUGGCCGCGAUCUCGCAAAGCAAACUCCAGCGAGAAUCCAUGUCCCACUCGCCAGACCUCCGCCGAUGUCUCGGUCAUCACGACGUCUAUCGCAAGUCCGUGAAAGCGGCACAAGAAAAUGCCAGGCAACGCAUCGACGCCAUGAGCGGCGAAGAGGAAGCCGUCUCGGGCGAAACACCCAUCAACACGCCUAGAGAUGAGACUCUCAUGCCUCAUUUCCGCGCUCAGAUUACCAAUGCCGUCAAGGCAAUGGUUCGGCGCCGUUAUCCAACUGGUGCUCCGGAAACAACAGAACCCAAAGUACAGGAGCCCAAAGUACAAGAGAUCAAGCUACAAGAAGCCAAACUGCAGGCCAUUCCAGUAGUAGCUCAAGGGUCGCCGAAAAUGGUGACGGUUAUCAAGAGAAGUCGUCGUCACGCAUCCUGGCUUCUACCGGGGCGCAAGAAUCUCGCGCAGUCGAGCCAGCUGAUCGCACCGAACGCUGCGGGGUGA